AUGCAAUAUAUUCAAACCAUCACCAUUGGCCUAUUUGCACUCAGCAUAGCAGCCGCACGCCCAGCAGCACUCCAGGCAAUGAACAAUACCGGCGAAAACUCGCUACGUAUAAUCCACACAAAUGACAUCCACGCACACUACUCUCCAUUCAACAGGGUUGGAAGAGACUGCAGCGAGCAUGAUGUGAAAAGCGGAAACUGCUUUGGCGGCGCUGCUCGCCUAGUGACAACCGUUAACCAGCUGCGCAAUGGGCACCCAAACAGCCUGCUCUUCGAUGCGGGUGACCAGGCGCAAGGGACGCUGUUUUAUACAAUUGGAAAAUUUAACACCACAAUUAAAGUCAUGAACCAGCUCAAGUAUGACGCCAUGUGCAUUGGCAACCACGAGUUUGAUGACGGACCGGAUCUUUUGGCCGAGUUUUUCUCCAAAAUCAACUUUCCUGCUAUCUGCGCCAAUAUUGACAUGACCAAGAAUCCUAGACUUAAAAGUGUGGUCAAACCAUAUAUUGUGUUUGAAAAGUAUAAGCUUGGCGUCAUUGGCUAUAUCACUAACACUACGGGCAAUAUCUCCCAGGCAGGUCCGACAGUCUCAUUUUCCAAUGCUGCUGUUGCAGUGAACAGGUACGUCGAGGAGCUGCGCGCGAAGGGGAUUAAGCGCAUUAUUGCCGUUAGCCACAACGGCUACCACGAGGACAUUGACGUGGCCACAAACACCCGUGGCCUUGACCUGAUUGUCGGCGGCCACUCGCACACUUACUUGUCGCUCAAUGCUUCCGAACCAGGUGCUGGUGGUUUAUACCCAACAGCAGUAAAAAACUUAGACGGCCAGACAACGUACGUUGUGCAGGCCAAGGCUUGGGGCGAAUACGUCGGGUAUGUAGACUUGGUUUUUAACUCGGACGGCUCGGUAGCUUCAAUAUCCGGAGAGCCCAUUCACAUGACGCAAAGCAUUUCUGAAGACGCAAUCAUGGCUGCAAAUGUCAGCGAGUGGCGCCGUCCAUUUGAAGCUUACGGCAAAACCGUGGUUGGGAACAUCACAACAGAAACAGGCAUUGAAAACUGCCCUCAGAUGGAGUGUGCAAUGGGUGACCUGACCACCGACGCUAUGUUGUGGUCGCUCAAUCGAAUCCAGCAGACUGACAUGGCUCUUCUCACGAGCGGGACUAUCCGUGCUGGAUUAUCUGCUGGACCAGUCACAUCCAAAGACCUGCUGCUCAUAUAUCCGUUUGGCGACGAUAUCGUAAGGAUAACUAUUUCUGGCAAGCGGCUCAGGAGUAUUAUUACUGGGGGAUUUAAGAUGGUCAAUUUGUUUAAUGGUCGGCCAGUCAUCAAGUUUAUACAAAUCUCGGGUGUCCGCGUAAAAUAUCACAUGGAUCCUUCUAAUUCCAUCAGAUAUUCCAAAAUUAUCGAUUCCAUCGAAAUAUCCAAAAAUGGCGUUUUGGAAGUGCUGGAUGACACACGAACUUACAGCUUGGCCACUAUUUGGCAUAUUGCUCGUGGCAUGGACAAUGUCAUCGACCCGCCAAUUGAUGGGGUGCCUCUGCAGCGACUGGAAAAAGCGGUAAAAGAGUACUUGCAGACAUUUUCUCCAGUCACCCCUGCAACUGACGGCCGCAUGUUUGAGAUGUUGACGGAGGUCUAA